CUAACAACAUUAUGUGGGCUCUAAGAAAGGGCUGGAGUGAAUUGACUUUCUGCAUUUGAACAGACUAUGCUGGGAAUGUGUAAAUAAAAUAUGACCUAGGCCUAUAUUUUCCAAAGACAAUGGCUGGGAUUCAAUCUGUAGAAUGCUAUCUGUGCUGUUUAAAGGAGAUGGCUGGGAUUCAAUCUGUAGAAUGCUAUCUGUGCUGUUUAAAGGAGAUGGCUGGGAUUCAAUCUGCAGAAUGCUAUCUGUGCUGUUUAAAGGAGAUGGCUGGGAUUCAAUCUGUAGAAUGCUAUCUGUGCUGUUUAAAGGAGAUGGCUGGGAUUCAAUCUGUAGAAUGUUAUCUGUGCUGUUUAAAGGAGAUGGCUGGGAUUCAAUCUGUAGAAUGCUAUCUGUGCUGUUUAAAGGAGAUGGCUGGGAUUCAAUCUGUAGAAUGUUAUCUGUGCUGUUUAAAGGAGAUGGCUGGGAUUCAAUCUGUAGAAUGCUAUCUGUGCUGUUUAAAGGAGAUGGCUGGGAUUCAAUCUGUAGAAUGUUAUCUGUGCUGUUUAAAGGAGAUGGCUGGGAUUCAAUCUGUAGAAUGCUAUCUGUGCUGUUUAAAGGAGAUGGCUGGGAUUCAAUCUGUAGAAUGUUAUCUGUGCUGUUUAAAGGAGAUGGCUGGGAUUCAAUCUGUAGAAUGCUAUCUGUGCUGUUUAAAGGAGAUGGCUGGGAUUCAAUCUGUAGAAUGUUAUCUGUGCUGUUUAAAGGAGAUGGCUGGGAUUCAAUCUGUAGAAUGCUAUCUGUGCUGUUUAAAGGAGAUGGCUGGGAUUCAAUCUGUAGAAUGCUAUCUGUGCUGUUUAAAGGAGAUGGCUGGGAUUCAAUCUGUAGAAUGCUAUCUGUGCUGUUUAAAGGAGAUGGCUGGGAUUCAAUCUGUAGAAUGCUAUCUGUGCUGUUUAAAGGAGAUGGCUGGGAUUCAAUCUGUAGAAUGCUAUCUGUGCUGUUUAAAGGAGAUGGCUGGGAUUCAAUCUGCAGAAUGCUAUCUGUGCUGUUUAAAGGAGAUGGCUGGGAUUCAAUCUGUAGAAUGUUAUCUGUGCUGUUUAAAGGAGAUGGCUGGGAUUCAAUCUGUAGAAUGUUAUCUGUGCUGUUUAAAGGAGAUGGCUGGGAUUCAAUCUGUAGAAUGUUAUCUGUGCUGUUUAAAGGAGAUGGCUGGGAUUCAAUCUGUAGAAUGUUAUCUGUGCUGUUUAAAGGAGAUGGCUGGGAUUCAAUCUGUAGAAUGUUAUCUGUGCUGUUUAAAGGAGAUGGCUGGGAUUCAAUCUGUAGAAUGUUAUCUGUGCUGUUUAAAGGAGAUUGCUGGGAUUCAAUCUGUAGAAUGUUAUCUGUGCUGUUUAAAGGAGAUGGCUGGGAUUCAAUCUGUAGAAUGUUAUCUGUGCUGUUUAAAGGAGAUGGCUGGGAUUCAAUCUGUAGAAUGUUAUCUGUGCUUUCUUUUUGUAGCGGCGAUGGCAUUACUGGCAACACUAUUAGAAUUGACCUUAAAAUAUCAAACUUGUUAAAACGAGGCCUCCUUUAAAAAGGCGCAUUGCCAGCAGUCCUAUGCGUUAUUCUAACUACAUGCUUUGAAUUGAAUCUCGGCCUAAACUCGGCAGUCGGUCUGUUUCCCCAAAACAAUGUUAAGGGUCUAGGAUUAGGCUGUUCAGAACUGGGUUGAAGACUCGACCCUCCACACAGAAACAACACUGAUGCAAAACGCCAGGCAUGUUUAUAUGACACUGUAUUAAAAUAUUCCUUCUAUGCA